GCUAGUGUUCAGUUGUUUCUGUUUAUUGACACCUCAUUCGCUCCAUUUUAAGGCAACAUAUUAUAGCUGUAGUGUUACAGCAUUGUACUGCUGUUAGUGUUUUUGUGUGCACUUUUGGAUAUAUCCAUAAAUAACUGAGAUAAACUACAAUCCGACGUUCGUUCUGCAGUGUUUACUACUGUACUUCUGCGUUCACUGCCAUCUUUCCGACAACACUUGAACGCAACAACAGGAGCUCAUCUGUUGGACAGGGAAACUAAUCAGGAGCCAAGUAAAGACUUUUCAGUCUGCUAGCUACAGGCUAGCAAGCUUCUAAAGUCAGCCGUCCAUACGACUAAAGAAGACAGACUUUGUUUAUGAAGUACAGUGACUCUUCUGUACACUACACGACAUCCGAACUAUGUUUUAGAAACAGCGUUUUGUUGCGCUGAAAGUAUCAAGGCGGGCAGCCUGUGGGCAGCUGGAGCUGCGGCUAGCUCAUUAACGUUAGCUGGGAAAGAAGAAGUGCAAGUGGAGGCAAGAAAAUGGAGCUGGACGACGUGGUCCUGUACCAGGACGACUCGGGCAGCUCUGCCAUGAUGUCCGAGCGGGUCUCAGGUCUGGCCAGUUCAAUAUACCGAGAGUUUGAACGGCUCAUCGAGAGAUACGGAGAGGACGUAGUGAAGGAGCUGAUGCCGCUGGUGGUCGCCGUGCUGGAGAACCUGGACUCGGUGUUCGCUGUCAACCAGGAGAACCAAGUGGAGCUGGAGCUGCUGAAGGAGGACAACGAGCAGCUCGUCACCCAGUAUGAACGAGAGAAGGCGCUGAGGAAACACACAGAGGAGAGGUACAUCGCCUUAGAAGACUCCCAGGAUGGCGAAAAGAAGGAUCUCCAGGGUCGGCUGGUGAUGUUGGAGUCACACUCACGUCAGCUCGAGCUUAAAACUAAAAACUAUGCAGAUCAGAUUAGCAGAUUUGAGGAGAGGGAAGCAGAGCUCAAGAAGGAAUAUAACAACCUUCAUCAGAGACACACUGAGAUGAUCCACAGCUACAUGGAGCACCUGGAGCGAACUAAACACCAACAUGCAGUCCAAGCAGAGCCGGCAGAUGCAGGCACAGGCACGUCCAGCAGAACACGAAAGGAGCGUCCCAUCUCCAUGGGCAUAUUCCAACUUCCUGGCACUGAUGGUAUGGUCCCUGACCUUCAGAGGGAACCAGUGGACACCCCUUCAGAGCCAUGGAGAUUCAACAACCUUAGCCAUCCACGAUCCAACACCAGCCUCAAGUUGGAGGAACAGUUCUCUCCGAUCAAAGUGGAAGCUGAAAGUCCACAGGAGAAUUUGCCCAAUCAGAACGCUGAUCAGGACCAGGAUGAAUUGGCUGGUUCGUCCCGCAGAGGCUCCAAGUCCAAUACUCCAACCAACCAAGGAAGUGUCUCCAAAAGUGGAACUCCUGUGUCCUCACAUGGUGCUGGGUCCAAAUCCAACAGCUCCAUGUCCUCUCAGGGUGGUACCUCUAAAUCAAACACCCCCACAUCUACAUUCAGCGCUAACUCGCAGUCCACUACACCACUAUCCCCUCAUGAUGGAGCAUCCACUGGAAUGAGUCCUGGAUCCGGUCCGGAUGGUGUCACAUCCCUGUCUUCCACAGCGUCUGACGUUGCCAUGGAGUCUGUGGAUCGGGAAGUUUCAGACGGGCUCAACAAGAACCUGGACUGGAACAGUGGAAAACCAGAGAGCAAUAAGGACAUCGCAGCCGUGCAAGAAGGACAGCAGGGUCAUCCUGGAGGUGAUGGUCAGGACUCUGCUUCUACACACCUCCAAGGUGAUGAUGGAGCAGACAGCCUGGAGAAGUCUGAGGUUCAGGCCAUCAUAGAGUCCACUCCUGAGCUGGACAUGGAUCUCAAAGGUUGCCAAGGAACAAGCACACCAACUAAAGGCGGCAUCGAGAAUCUGGCGUUUGACCGCAACACAGACUCUCUGUUUGAGGAGCUGUCGUCUGCAGGAAACGACAUGAUAGCAGACAUGGAUGAAGGAGCCGACCUGCUGGGUAUGGGUCGGGAAGUUGAACAUCUUAUCCAUGAGAAUGCUCAGCUGCUGGAGACCAAAAAUGCCUUGAACGUGGUGAAAAACGACCUGAUCGCACAGAUGGAUGAACUGUCCUGUGAGAAGGAGGUGCUGCGAGGUGAGCUGAAUGCCGUCACUCAGGCCAAGACCAAACUGGAGGACAGGAACAAAGAAUUAGAAGAAGAAAUCAAGAAGAUUCGAGCAGAGCUGGAGGAAGGCAAACAGAAGGUCAAGAAUGAAAAUGAGGAUGAUAGCGAUGUGCCGACAGCCCAGAGGAAACGCUUCACCAGGGUGGAGAUGGCCAGAGUCCUGAUGGAGAGGAACCAAUAUAAGGAGAGGCUGAUGGAGCUGCAGGAGGCCGUCAGAUGGACAGAAAUGAUCCGGGCUUCAAAGGAGAACCCAGCUCUUCCAGAGAAGAAGAAAUCCAGCCUCUGGCAGUUUUUCAGCCGUUUGUUCAGCUCGUCGGGCGGGGCAGCGAAGAAGCCGGCGGCGGAGGCCCCGGUGAACGUCAAGUACAAUGCGCCCACCUCCCAGAUUCAGCCGUCCGUCAAAAAGAGGAGCACCACCCUGCAGCAGCUGCCCAGUGACAAGAGCAAAGCCUUUGAUUUCCUCAAUGAGGAAGUGGCAGCUGAUAACGUGGUGUCCCGGCGGGAGCAGAAGAGGGCUCAGUACCAGCAGGUCAAAGCUCACGUCCAGAAGGAGGACGGCAGAGUGCAGGCGUACGGCUGGAGUCUGCCCAAGAAAUACAAAGCCAAUGGUGGUCAGACAGAGGGUAAGAUGAAGAAUCUACCUGUUCCUGUCUUCCUCGGACCACUGGAUGAGAAAGAUGCUUCUAUGAAGCUGUGGUGUGCUGCUGGUGUGAACCUCUCUGGAGGUAAAACCAGAGAUGGAGGUUCCAUCGUAGGAGCCAGUGUGUUUUACAGUGACGUGCCUGGACCAGAGAGCCCGAAAAAGAAAAUAGGAUCUCAGAGCAGCCUGGACAAACUGGAUCAAGAUCUCAAGGAUCAGCAGAAGGAGUUGCGGCAGCAGGAUGAGAUGUCAUCGCUGGUUUGGAUCUGUACCAGCACCCAGUCCACCACCAAAGCUGUUGUCGUUGACGGCAACCAGGCUGGAAGCAUCCUGGAGAGCUUCUUUGUUUGUAACUCCCACGUCCUCUGCAUCACCAGUGUUCCAGGUGCAAGAGAGACAGACUACCCAGCAGGUGAGGAAGUAGCUCCAAACUCUGAGACAGGACCAGCAGGAGACGGCGGCUCACAAUCAACCAAUAGCGGCGCGGCAGGUGACGAUGGCGACAUGUUGGGAGGCAUUACUGUGGUUGGCUGUGAAGCUGAGGGAGCAGCAGCUGUUCCUCAGACAGCAGGCAGUCAAGAAGACGACGAAGAGAGUGAAUCCAGAGCAGCAGAGGAAGCCACAGAGGCGACCGAAGCCAGUGCAGGGCCCGCUGACCAAAGAGAAAGCCUGAGGGGAGCCUACACCGAGCACGUCUUCACUGAUCCACUGGGAGCUCAGCAGACAGCAGAGGCUCCGGCCAACUACUCUCAGAGGGAAAGUGAUCUCCUAAAAGACGGUGUGAGUUCAAACCCCAACGCAGAAGAGCAGGACCUAAUGAGAGAAGAGGCUCAGAAAAUGAGCAGUGUUCUGCCCACUAUGUGGCUGGGUGCACAGAAUGGAUGUGUAUAUGUCCACUCCUCUGUGGCUCAGUGGAAGAAGUGUCUCCAUUCUAUAAAGCUGAAAGACUCUGUGCUCGGCAUAGUGCAUGUGAAAGGGCGUGUACUGGUGGGUCUCUCUGAUGGCACUGUAGCCAUUUUCCACAGAGGAGUAGAUGGACAGUGGGACCUGACCAACUACCAUCUGUUAGACUUGGGCAGACCACACCACUCCAUCCGCUGCAUGACUGUUGUACACGACAAGGUGUGGUGCGGCUUCAGGAACAAGAUCUGUGUGGUGCAGCCCAAAGCCAUGAAGAUAGAGAAGUCAUUCGACGCCCACCCUCGUAAGGACAGCCAGGUCCGUCAGCUGGCCUGGGACGGUGAUGGUAUCUGGGUGUCCAUCAGACUGGACUCCACUCUCAGGCUGUUCCACGCUCACACCCUCCAGCACCUCCAGGACGUCGACAUCGAGCCCUACGUCAGCAAGAUGCUGGGUACAGGGAAACUAGGCUUUUCAUUCGUGAGGAUAACAGCUCUCACCGUGUCAUGUAAUCGACUGUGGAUCGGCACUGGAAACGGAGUCAUCAUCUCCAUCCCUCUGACAGAGACACCCAACAAGGUUACCAAAGCAGCAGGUAACCAGCCAGGAAGUGUAGUUCGGGUCUACGGUGACGACAGCAGCGACAAAGUGACGGCCGGGACCUUUGUACCAUACUGCUCCAUGGCUCACGCUCAGCUCUGUUUCCAUGGUCACAGAGAUGCUGUCAAGUUCUUCACUGCUGUCCCAGGUCACGCAGACCCAUCUGUGUCCUGUGGAGGCGAGGCAGCAGGUGACAAGACGACAGAUGCCGCAACUCAGGAAGGAAACAAGUCCAUGUUGGUGAUGAGUGGAGGAGAAGGCUACAUCGACUUUAGGAUGGGGGACGAGGACGGCGAGGCGGAGGAGGGCGAAGAGCCCACCAUGAAGCUGCAGCCCUCCCUGGCUAAAGCCGAGCGCAGCCACCUCAUCGUCUGGCAGGUCCUCUCCGCCGAGGACUGAACUCUGACCUGGGACCUCUGAGGCCUGAUUUGCCUUUUCUCUCAAACCCCGGUGCCGUGGAGGAGCCCCCCUCCUCCACAGACACCAGUUUGAUCAGCACUUUUUCCUUCCUCAGACCUGAACAAUGAAACAAGCAGGAACUGCUCUGAUAGCGCAAACACAUUCACACAAACUGCAUGUUAUUGUUUUAUUAUGAAUUGUUUUCUCUUAUUUGUUCCUUUUUAAACAUUUAUUUUAUGAAUUUGAAAUUUCAAUCUGUCUGUUCUAAUAUUAAUUGUUGUUGGAUGCAGAAUUCAUUUCUUAUAUUUACUCAGCAGAUAGAAUGGUUUUCCUUCACUCGGUUCAGCUGCUAUGUGCUCAUGCUGGACUUGAUGCUAAAUCAGUUGGUCAAACAGACAAUAAUCACCUUUAGCUCUCCUGUUGCCCUUUAAUAAUAUAAAACUGGGCCAAUCAUGUGGGAGCAAAUCAUGUUGCAUGUGUUAUUUUUUUUUGUUUUUCAUCCUUUGAGAACUUGGCUUUUGAUUGUAUGCAAGACAAAUUGAAUUGAUUGCCAGUUGCCUCGAGGUCAGGAUUUGUUCAAGUCAAAUGCAAUACAUGAGCUUCAUCUGAUUGGUAUCAGUUCGUGCAGAAGAUUGCCCCGUAUUUAUCUUAAUAUUCAACAAAUAAUAGUUGGAGCAAUUUUAUGCCUCUCAUGCGUGCAUUACCAUCACAUUCCAGUCACAGAGCUCAGCAUCCAAUACUCUGAAAAAUAAAUUAAAUCGGCAAUGUUUGGAUAAAACCCAGAGGGUACACUGACCGCUGUUGUAAAGAUACUCCCAGAAAAAAAAAAACUUUUCUAGCUGUUUGAGAGAAAAAUAUUUCAUCUGCUGCAUUAUUUAAAAAAAAAAACACAUUUUUAACCUGCUUAGGAAAUGCCUUCAGACUGAAAUAUCUCAACAAUUCUUGGAUACAUUGCCAUGAAAUUUAGUGCAGAAAUUAAUUUCCCCCACAGGAUGAGUUAUGUUUACUUUGGUAAAGAGCCUUAAGAGCAUUCCAAAUUCCUUAAUUUACCUUUUUUUCUGAAAAAAAGUAAAAUUUUAAGGAUACAGUUGAGACACUUUGUUGCUAUCACUGAAACUAGACGAUCUAAUUAAUCCAGUGGUACCAACUACAGUCAUGGAAAAAUUAUUAGACCAUAGUUUUCUUCUAUUUCUUGUUCAUUUUAAUGCGUGGUAACACUAAAGGUACAUUUGAUUGGACAAAUAUAAUAACAAAAAUGGCUG